AGUACUUGUAAAAUGAUAUAUAAGAAUACAUUUGUUGUAUUAAAGAUCAAUACUCUGUGGCAGUGGCUUACUGCCAUAAACAACUUAACAACUAAAGUUUGGUGUCUAUACCUUCCAACCAGGGAAUCACUGAAGUUCUAGUUUUGCAAAAGACUAUGCUUCCUACAAUACUCCUGAUAUGCACCUUGCUGACAUGGAGUACUGCAGCUUCAGAGGACAAACCAAACAGACCAAACAUCAUUCUGAUUCUAGCUGAUGAUCUUGGCUGGAAUGAUGUCAGCUUCCAUGGUUCUAAUCAGAUCCCAACACCAAACAUAGAUGCACUUGCCUACAGUGGUAUAAUAUUGAAUAACUAUUAUGUACAGCCAAUAUGUACACCGACCAGGAGUGCGUUACUUACUGGGAGAUAUCCUAUACACACUGGGCUACAGCAUGGUGUAAUUAUAGGUUCUCAACCUUAUGGAUUAGGCCUCGAUGAAACCAUUAUACCACAGUAUCUCCACUCAAAGGGCUACAAAAGUCAUAUCGUCGGGAAAUGGCAUCUUGGGUUCUGUUCGUGGGAGUACACCCCGAC